AAGGGAAGAAAGAAAACCCUAGAGGGAGCGUCAUAACCAGAAGGGACGAAGUGAAACCCUAGAAGAAAGAAGAAGAUCGGAUCUAUAUUGUUUUUACUAACAAUUUCUUUUCUCCUUCUUGAUCGAUGAGAGUUUGCUGACAGAAGAGAGUGAGCACACAACGAUGAAGACUGCAUCGAUGAAUGCCGUUCGCGUUGCGUGCUCACUUCUCUACCUGUCAGCCACAGCUACCUCUGUCAUUUUUUUCUUUUCUUUUGAUCUGCUUUAGCUUUACUGAAAAAGGAGAAGACAAAGGAUGGUCGACGGUCAGGCUUAAGCACCAAGUGUCAGAUCAGUUGCUGAUCAACUUCGGCGCUUCUGUGCACGUCUUCUCUCCGCAGGUUCCCAAGAAGAUGGCUAAGACUCGGUCGCCUGGUUCCGAGGUCGAGCUCCUACUUGAGAUGGAAGAGGUAAAAUUAUGUUGGGGUGGAGAAGAAAGAGAUCAGGCGGCGUUGCUUUUGAGAUGGAGAAGGAUAUGCACUUUUUUUGGCCCGAACAACGAGAGGAUAGACUGUGAUUUGUACCUCUCCUCUGCUCUCCCAUGCGGCCGGAUUUAACGGAAACCACUGUUGACCGUUCGUUCUUUUUGUCUUAAUUCGUUUCUUCCUCUUCUUCAUCUCCUUCUUCCUUUUUUUUUUCUUCCAUUUUCGUUAUAAUUUUUUCAGUAGAUCUGAUGUGCUUACAUGGAAGAUAAGAAUUGAUAUCGUCAUUAAGGUUUGAUAC